AUGGCGCCAACGCCCCCAAUUGAUGAUCUUGGUGAGGAUGGUGUUCCGGCUUUUUUUGCACAGGCCACAAACGAUGAGGAUGUCCCGGGCUUGAACCACCUCGGCUUUAGGCAGAUACAGGGAAUGGCUUUCCAGUUCGCCAUGGCGGCCCUAACGAGUUUCGCCAUAACCCAGCAUUAUCUGGUGAUGCUGUUUGUCCGCAUUCAGUACCAGAUCCUUAACUCCGAACUAAAGCUGGUGAUAGAGGAGAGCCGCUGGCUGAGCUACCACUCUCCACGAAAUGGAGUAUUUAUGACCAGGUGCUGCUACCUCGCGGACCAACUGGAGAAUAUCAGCAACUGGCAGGACCAGAUCCAGUCCAUUGUGACGUAUUUGGGAGAGGUGUUUGGCGUGCAGGGACUACUGGCCUACAGUGGAAACUACAUCAACUCUGUGGGCACCACUUACCUCACCUUCAGUCUCUACAAAUACGGACGCGAUACUAUUGGACUGCCGCUGAAAUCACUAAUAUUGUCCUUUAUUUGGUGCUUUUUUGAUUACCUUAAUGCUCUCAGGAGUCAUUUUCUUAUGCUGAGUAUUGAAGAUGAGCACCAGAAGACCAUGCGUCUGCUGGAGGAGCGCACAGUGUUUGCUCCCGGCUUGGAUGUACGGCUAGAACAGUCCUUUGAAGCCUUUCAGUUCCAGCUGGCCAGGAAUCCUUUGAAAAUGCACGUCAUGAACAUGUUUCCCAUAAGUCAUACGUUCACCACAGCCAUGUUUUCAUCAUUAGCAAUGAAUACUAUAUACCUAAUUCAAUACGACAUGGAAAAUUUUUAA